AUGUCAGAGGCGGAAGAUUUCAAUCAACAAAAGCCAACUAAAACUAGUAAGCAGCAUAAUGUUCUACCAAUAUGGGGUAAUGAACAGACUAUGAAUCUGAACCCUUUAAUAUUAGCGAAUAUUCAAGGUUCUAGCUACUUCAAAGUUCAUCUUUUCAAGUUAAAAACUUACCAUGAGGUAGUGGAUGAAAUAUACUACCAAGUGAAGCAUUUGGAGCCAUGGGAACGGGGAAGUCGCAAGACGGCGGGCCAGACCGGCAUGUGUGGCGGCGUAAGAGGAGUAGGUGCAGGAGGUAUUGUUUCCACUGCAUUUUGCCUUUUGUACAAAUUGUAUACUUUGAGAUUGACUCGUAAACAGGUGAAUGGACUUCUUCAACACUCAGACUCACCCUACAUCAGAGCUCUUGGUUUUAUGUAUAUUCGCUACACUCAGCCACCUGCAGAUCUUUUUGAUUGGUAUGUGGACUACCUAGAUGAUGAUGAAGAGGUGGACCCUAGAGCCGGUGGAGGUGGCCCAACCACCAUUGGUGCCUUAGUACGUCAGAUGCUCAUUAAGCUAGAUUGGUUCAGCACUUUGUUUCCAAGAAUUCCCGUGCCUAUUCAAAAACAGAUUGAGCAAAAAUUAGCAGAGCACAACAGGCAAAUGGCACCUGUAAAGCAGCCUGCAGCUAACUACCAAACAGGUAAUGCAAGCAAUUACAACCAAAAUCGUCCGGAUGUUGAUAGAAGAGAACAUGAUGACAGAGACAAAAGAGAUUAUGGAGAUGGUGAUAAAGAUAGAUAUGCAAAAGAUCGAGCUAGACGUGAUGAUAGGGAUCGCGAUCGCAAUCGUGACCGUGAUCGCCGAGACCGCGACCGUGAUCGUGAAAGAUACCGCGACCGGUCUCGCGAUCGCCACAGGGAGAGAUCGAGAGAACGCGUUCGACAUAGGUCUCGUUCUAGAGAUCGUCGUUUUAGAUAA